AUGGACUUUGAGCGGCGGCUCGCCGACAUGGACUGGCGGCUCGUCGACGCCUUCGACCUGCAGCACAUCGACACGGUGCUACUGCAGGAGAUGGUGCCAUCGGUCACGUACGGCCUCGUGACCGAGGCCAUGUGCGCGUCGCCGCGGCUGGCCUGCAAGCUCAUCUGCAUCCUCCAGCUCAUGCUUGAGAUGUUUAUCGGCUGCCGAAAACAUGAUGCGUACGACGUGCAAUUGCUCCAAGAUGACCUCUCGAGCGCGCUACGGGACCGAGACGCGUACCGCUUGCGGCUCAAGGAGGCGCUCACGGACACCAAGGCGCUGAAAGUCCAGCUCGCGCGGACGACGACGCUGCUCAAGAGCUGCGGCCACGUGUUGCAUGCCCACGGGUGCUCGCCGCACGCAAUUGCCGCGCUCGAAGCGUUGCUGGCCACGCCAUUGACGGCCAGCGCCGAUGCCGCCGUCAAAGUGGCGCACCUCUGCGCAUUCUGCGGCAAGGCGUUUGGCACACAAGACUACCUUUUGAAGCACCUCGAGCGCCGUCAUCCCGGCGGCACUGUCGAUGCAGCGUCGCCGGAAGCAGAGGACCCGGCGGUCGUCUACGCCAAGCCUGCCACGACGCGGAUCAAACCGUCGCUGCCCGACUACCAAGCCGUUCUAAGCAAGCUCGAGGCCAUGCUCUCGCAGCACGAGGUGUCGAUUCGCGCCGUGGCGGCCGACGAGACAGCCAAGCUCAAGGCGAUGCAGACCGAGAUGCACCUCGAGAGCGGCAUCAAAACCGAGCUGCACGUCGCACGCGCCGCUGUCAACGCUCGGCUGGACGACGCGCAGCGUCACUUGGCCCAGGUCUUGGAGGAGCGUGAAGACGCCAUGAAACAACUGUUGGAUCUCAAAGACGAGAUUGCGCUGCUCAGACAAAAGCAAGCGAUGCAGCCGCCGCCGCCAACUCGGAUCGACGCUGUCGAGCCCAACGUCAAGGACCGGCUGACGAUUGAGCGGCUCGAGGCCAUCGUCGGGCACUCCAAGGACGCACUGGCCGUCGCGCGGGACGACUUGAAAACGACGCAUGACAAGUACGCCGACUUGCUCGUCACACACGAGCGCACCAAGUUCGAGCUUGCGGCCGUCCAGAAAGACCUGCACGACGCACGGCAACCGCCGAUGCCAGUCCCGACAGCGUCCGUCAUGUGCCAAACAACCACAGCGGCCGAUACGAAGGACGCGGCGGCGCAAACGAUACUGGUUGUCGACGCACCUCCGCCCAAGGCGCAGGUCCUCGAAGCUGCGGCCGAGCCCGAGCCAGUAUACGACGUGCCUCCGAUUCCAAUCCCGCCCACCUCUGUAGAGGUGGCGCACACCGGUGUACAGACCGACGCCAUGGUAGACCAAGCACCGCUUGUACCACAAGUGGCAUUUGAGCCAGAGCCCGUCGAGGUCGUGCCAGAGCCCGUCGCGUCCGAGCCGACACCACGUCCAAGCGCGCGGCUUCCGCCCGAGCUCCGUGCCGUACACAUUGAAGACGUUCUGGUGCAGAUCAUGGCCCGAGCUGAGAGGUAG